AUGGUCCCCUUUGAUGACUUCGAUAAUGAGGAGGACAACUGGUCCCCUAGCGGCGAUGAAGACGAGAUGACGAGCCUUGAGUGGCACUAUCGCCGCGGGUCUACGUAUGGACGUACUCAGGCUCGUGCUGCUGAGCGCAAUAAGCCCGUGCCUCCCAUGCCAACUACGGCGGACACUGUUCGUGGCCUGUCUGAUUUUCACGUCAAAGCACUUCUCAAGCAAGCUGAACUCUCCGCUGCCGGCCGGUUCUGGCAAUGCCAAUCACGUCUGAUGCGCCAUAUCGAAGCAUUGCGCCGCAAAGAAGAAGUCUCAGGCACCGACAUGAAGUCGUUUGCCGCCGAUGCCGAAGCUAUCGAAAGUCUACCCAUCGAAGAGCUCAUUGCCCGAGCUGGUAAGAUGGAUUAUAUCGCUAGUUUGAUCGAUAUAGAGGCCAAGCAGGCCGUAUCCGAUUUAGCUAAGACUCUCGGGCUCCACGACGCUCUUGUCGCUCAUGCAGAGACUAUUGGACCAGACCAGCAAGAAGUUGCCACAGGACCAGCCAAAACGAACCGUGUGCUUACCGCAAAGCUCCAGAUGACUGAUGAUGCUCAAGCUGCUCGCGGCCUGGCCCCCGCCGAAACCGAUAUUCUCACGGUAUUGCGCAUCGAAGAGCUCGACAAGGCUACCUCGGCAGAUCUCAAAGCCGAGCUCAAAACGCGCGGAUUGCCUGCGAAUGGCAACAAAGGUGCCUUACUCGGUCGCCUGAUCUCUUACCUUCUCAGUGAUGGUACGCUCAGCGUCAAGAGCAUUGUCGAACCUGUCUUGCACGCUGCUGACAAGGCAUCACUACGAAGAGCUCUCAGCAGCUACUACGAUGAACUCGAUCUAACAGACGCUUUCGAAUUUGUCUGGCCUCAAAUUUUUGCUACCAACGAAGGCCUGAACUGCCAGCCCUCGACUGUACGAGAGCAGAUCGAAAAGCUCAUCCAGACCAUGAAGGCUCUUCGCGGUCGCUUCAUCUCAGACUCAGGCGUCUAUGACACUCUUGUCGAAAUUCAUAGCUUCCUCUUGACCGAAUACGAUGCCAAAGAGAUCGUUUCGAUGGUGCUGCAUGCGGAAAUCCGACAUCGAGCUAAAGAAAGCAGAGAAGCAGCCAUUCGAGCUCGCGGCGAUGCUGCAGCGGGCUUGUCAUCCAUGCAUUACCAGCCUGCUGGCGGUACAUCUACUGGUACUGGUGACGGAGAAGGUAUACACAUGAGGAUUAGUCACAACGAUGCUCUCUUGCAUGAGUUGAGGAUCGUAAGUGUAGGCUUCUGCGAGAGCGAGGGGUAUUGCGCGCUAGGACGGAUGAAGUGA